AUGGACAGCUUCGCCAGUCCGGACGCAGGCACGCGCCCUCCCGCCGCAGUCUCCCUCGCCGCAGUGCGUGAGCAGGUCCGCAAGCUCGAGGCCGAGCACCGCGCACAGGGCAUAGUCCUUUCCGGCCGCAUCAUCCACGUCUGCCACUACCUCCCCGUUGUCUCCGCACUUACUCCCCGUCCUGCCAGCGCAGCGAAAGUACUGCCAAGCCCGCCGCAGACUCCCCCGGCGCACCCAUCUGACAUCCCGCCCAGCCCAAGCAGCGAGAAGCUCCCGGACGAGAAAGCUCAGGAUGACGAGCAAAUAAUCGAGCAGCCUGUCCCGCAGCAAGCACAGGUGGGGACAGACGACCCCCGCACGCGCUGGGCAGUCCGCAUGCGCUACGGCCACUCUGCCAUGUUUUCAGGCAUUGCAUCCCUCUCUUCGACGCAUGAGCAGCUCCUCGUCGGCUGGACCGGCGACAUAGUCACUGCACCGCCAAUUAUCACACCCGUCAAUGCUUCCUCUCCCUCGUCCACUCCUCCUCAGCAAGGUGCAAGCACGCCGUUGGACAGUUUUACUGCUCCCCCGAAUGCGAGCGAGCUGCCAACAAAGGUCCCUAUGGAACGAAUUUCUCUGGAAGAGCGCUCAGCGCUUGACCCGUGCCUUGUAAAGUAUGCUGCUGCGGAGAUGAAGGAAGGCUCGAAGCCCACUACAUAUGUCCCCGUGUGGCUAGACGACGACGACGCGCAUGGGCACUAUGAGGGAUACUGCAAACAAACUCUCUGGCCGCUCUUCCAUUAUCUCCUAUGGCAAGACGUCGCGACGGAGUACGCGUCCGCGGACGCGCAUUGGGCGUCAUACGCGGCGGUCAAUGCGGCGUUUGCGAAGCGGGUGCAGGAGGUGUACCGUCCAGGUGACCUCAUCUGGAUUCACGACUAUCACCUGCUUCUCGUACCGUCGCUGCUCCGAACGGCGCUGCCGGAGGUAGCGGUCGGUCUGUUUGUGCACACGCCGUUCCCAAGCUCUGAGAUUUUCAGAUGCUUGCCACGAAGGAAGGAGAUCUUGGAUGGAAUGCUGGGGGCGAAUUUGAUUUGCUUCCAGACAUACUCAUAUUCGCGUCAUUUCACGUCGUCGUGUGUGAGGGUAUGUGGGUAUGAGAUCACCCCUACUGGCGGCAUCGAUGUCAUGGGGCAUGUUGCGGCGAUCGCAUACUGCCCGGUGGGCGUCGAUGCCGAGCGAGUGGCGAAGGAUACCCUUCGUCCGGGCAUCAAGCCGAAGUUGGAGGCACUGCGUACUUUAUAUGAGGGCAAGAAGAUUAUCGUUGGUAGGGACAAGCUGGACGUCGUCAAGGGUGUCGUGCAGAAGCUCCGAGCCUUUGAGAAGCUGCUGCAAGACUACCCGCAAUGGAUCGGCAACGUUGUCUUCAUCCAGGUGACCUCGCCCGCGCUGUCGGACUCGCCGAAGCUCGAGCGGCAGGUGUCGGAGCUCGUCGCGCAUAUCAAUGGCGAGUACGGCUCGUUGGACUUCAUUCCGGUGCAUCAUUAUCAUCAGACGAUCAAGAAGGAUGAGUUCUAUGCGCUGCUAUCGGUUGCGGACCUUGGUGUGAUUACCCCGUUGAGGGACGGAAUGAACACGACGUCGAUGGAGUUUGUGAUUGCGCAGGAGCGAUCGAAGCAUAGCCCGCUUGUCCUUUCGGAGUUCAUGGGUAUCUCGGGCAAUAUGUCGGAUGCGUUGCAGGUGAAUCCGUGGAACCUCGGGGAGGUUGCAGCGGCGAUGAAUCGUGGGCUGACGAUGUCGGAGGAGGAGAAGCUGCGGAGGCACAAGCAGCUAUUCAAGACGGUGACGACGCACACGUCGCAUACGUGGGCGGCGAUGCUCGUGAAGAUGCUGCUGCAACAGGUUGGACGACAGAACUACGCACGGCAGACACCGCUCAUGCCGAAGGACCGUCUUGAGAGCCAGUACCGCAGCGCGAAGAAGCGGCUGUUUUUGCUCGACUACGAUGGCACACUCGCACCGAUCGUGCGCGUGCCGAGCGCAGCGGUGCCGUCGCUUGAUACGCUGGAGGCACUCGAGCGGCUGACGGAAGACCCCCGGAACGUCGUGUUCAUCAUCUCGGGGCGCGACGGCGAGUUCUUGGAGCAGCAUCUGGGCCACAUCAAGAACCUCGGCAUGUCGGCGGAGCAUGGCGGCUUCGUGCGCGAGCCGGGUGCGAAGGAGUGGUCGAACUUUACGGAGAACUUGGAUAUGAGCUGGAUGGAUGAGGUCCUAGAGAUCUUUAGGUAUUAUACUGAGCGCACGACUGGGAGCCAGAUUGAGGUGAAGAAGAGCUCGAUUACGUGGCAUUAUCGGGCGAGUGACCCAGAGUGGGGUUUGUUCCAGUGCCGUCAGUGCCAGGACCUGCUCGAGAACAACUUGGCCCGUAAGCGGCCGAUAGAAGUGCUUGUUGGCAAGAAGAACCUCGAGGUCCGCCCGCUUGCCGUCAACAAGGGCGAGAUCGUCAAGCGUAUCCUCUACUACAAUCCUGAUGCCGAGUUCGUCUUCUGCGCGGGCGACGACAAGACUGACGAGGACAUGUUCCGCGCCUUGCUGCUCUUCAACGGCAACGGCAGCGGGAACGGCAGCAGCGAGAGCAACGGCGAGGAGAAAAAGGCAAUCCUCCCGGCCCCGCUCUCCGUCACGCUCAUUGCAAAAGAACCCGCGAGCCAUUUCUCGCCCGUCGAGCUUGCGCUUACCCGCGAGGGGAUAUUCACCACCGCGGUCGGCCACAGCAGCAAGCGCACGCUUGCCGCGUGGCACGUCACUAGCCCCGAGGCGGUUAUUGAGCUCUUGCUCGAUCUCGGUAACAUAGCAGCCCACGACGUCGACGAGGCGAAGAGUUACCUAUGA